AUGGGCAAGCCCCCGAUCCCCGAUGGACCGACCUCCAUAACAGCCUCCUGGCUUAAGCAGGCCCUGUCUGCGGGCGUCGCGUCCGAUCUUCCCGCCUUAAAGGAAGUCGACGUGGAGGUGGUCGGGGCGGGGGUUGGCCUCAUGGGGGAGGUCCUUCGCUGCCGCCUCACCUACGAAGACGACGCCCCCUCCGCCCCCGACUCCGUCAUCGUAAAGCUGCCAAGCCCCCACCCCAAGAACCUGAAGAUGAGCAAACUGCUACAGCUUUACAAGCGGGAAUAUUCCUUCUACAUCCGCCUCGCACCUCACGUCCCCAUUCAUGUUGCGGCCCUCUACUACGGAGAUUUCGAGGAGAAGACCCACCGUUUCGUCCUAGUCCUCGAAGACAUGCGCGGCAUGGAGACCGGCAACCGGAUUGAGGGCGCCACCGAACGCCAGGCGAAGGUCGCCAUUCGCGCCAUAGCCAGGCUCCACGGCUCAUACUGGAACAAGGUGGACCGGCCCCCUGUCGCCGGCCUGCACUAUUCCCUCCACCCCAAGUACCGGCCUCUGGUCCAGUUGGCCUAUCUGCGCUGCCUUGUCCCCGCCCUCAAGAAUUUUGGCGACCACUUCUCCGAGGACAUGCGCCGCCUUGCCGAGGCCUACGGCCCCAGAAUCGCUGACCACAUGGCCGACGUCGCCGCCCAGCCCCUCACGUUCGGCCACGGCGACUUCCUCCUCGACAACAUGUUCUUCGGCCCCGACGGGUCCGAUGACUUCGCCGUCAUCGACUGGCAGGUCAGCGGCAUCAGCUCCGGCCUAUACGACGUCGCCUCCUUCAUGAGCGACAGCGUCUCUACUGAGACCCGCCGCAAGAUCGAGCGCGAGACCCUCCGGGAAUACCACGAUGUCCUCUGUAGCGCGGGCGUCAAGGAAUUUUCCUUCGAAGCCUGCUGGCGCCUCUACCGACAGAACAUGCUCGGCCGCCUCCUCGCCCCCAUCUUCGUCUGCGGCGGCCUGGAUCUCUCCAACGAGCGCGGCCGCGCCCUCGCCGAAAACGGUCUCCGCAAGACACUCGCCGCCGUAGAAGACCUCGAAGCCGGCGAAUUCCUCCCCACGCCCCGCCCCCUCUACACCCCUGCCAACGCCUUCUCUAUCCUCUCCCGCUGCGCCUACAAGCUCUACAAGACCGUGAGAUAA